CCCGCAGCACUCGCCAUGAUGGCCAGUCCGAACGCCAUACCGGGCCCUCCGCCCGUCCCCCCGCUGCGGUCCAGAAGUCCUCUUCCCCCCUCCCCCUCCCCUUCUCUGGCCCGCUCCUACACCCACGGCGGACAACCCGCUCGCCCUUUACCACCACCAGGAGCCCCUAGUCCCCUCUCGAUCAACACAAAUCCAUUUCCUGCUCCGCCGCCACCAGCGCAGUAUUCGCCAUUCACGCCCUCACAAUCUUCUCAGCCAUCAGCACCCGUUUCAGCUGCCGUCGAAAGUGACCUGGACAGGUCGGAUACACUCUCGUCCGUCAAGUCACUCGAUCGGACAAGCUUCAGCUCGCCAUCGUCUAGAAGACCUUUGCCGAAACCCCCGGGGGGUGUAAACCCAUCAAGAAGCUUGGACCGAGGUGUAGCUCCCUCCUUAGCUGUAGGGGAAGGCAUCGUCCGGCGAGGUGCUGGGAGGAAGCAGCCGUCAAUUGUGAAUGAAGAGUGUGAAGAGACGCUGAUUGGUCUACCCAAAAGUGGCAAUUCAUCUGCCGGCUCACAUUCACCGCAAGCUGUGCCUCACCCCUAUUUGCCCCAGCAACCGCCAGCCAUUAUCAUACCCGAUGUUACUACGCAAAAAACCAUAGACACAUAUACCCCAGCGAAAUGUCCUCAGCUCCCUGUUAUAAACAUUGGCGAUUCCGACAGCUCUUCCGCGGUAUCCCCUGACGAUGAAGGAAACAAUAUGGUGUCUGAAGCGACUCCAAAGUCGAAAAAAGUCUCUGCUCUUCCUGUCUCUCCGGGCAUACAAUUCACUGGUGCGCCCGUAAUUGCUGUCUCGUCUUUUGACACUGCCGACGAUAUGCUGCAGGGUGACGAGAUUAGCUUUUCAGUGCCGAUGAUCAAUAUCGAAGGCGACUUCUCUGCUUCUACUAAAACUCUUCCGCGUAUUGCUUCCGAUUCAAGUCGUCCCCCAAAUCCACCUCGCCAUCAGGCACACAUUCAUCCGAAUAGCGCCAUUCUAUGUGCUGGUUGCCAAACUCCGAUUAUUGGACGCAUUGUCAAUGCAAUGAACCAAAGAUGGCAUCCCCAUUGUUUCAUGUGUGCAGAGUGUGGGGAACUACUGGAGCAUGUGAGCAGUUAUGAGUUUGAGGGGAAGGCUUAUUGCCACUUGGACUAUCACGAUAAAUUUGCCCAUCACUGCCAUCAUUGCAAGACUCCAAUCGUCGAAUCUCGCUUCAUUACCCUGGACGAUGAAAUCUUGGGACAGCGGUAUUACCACGAGUUGCACUUUUUCUGCUCCGAAUGCGGCGAUCCUUUCUUGGACCCAUCCAAAUCGUCGGCUCCGGGAACAGAAAAGGGCAAACAAGGUGGCUCUGAUGGCCAGGAAGAAGAUGGAGAGACAAACGAAUUUGUGAUUCAUAAAGGUCACCCAUACUGCGAACGAUGUCAUUUGAGGCUGCAUAAGCCUAAAUGCAAAGCUUGUACUCUACCGAUACCAGACAUUGCAAUAAACGCGAUGGGUGCGAAAUGGCACAAGGAAUGUUUCGUAUGCUCGCGUUGUCAUAAUGAUUUUGCCAACAAUCUCUUUUUCCCUAAAGAUGGGACGGCCAUCUGUACAAUCUGUUACGAGCAAGUUAUGAGUUAAGGGGAUGUUGUUCCGAUGCUGCAAUUUCCCACUGUAGCAGAGAGCUAUUUUGUGUAUAGCUUGUAGCGAAAAAAAAGUUAUGAUACAGAAGACAACUGUUCGCUGCAUUCGGCAUGUAUGUACUAUAGAAA